AUGGUUCCCCCUCCUCGUCGGAUGACCAACCCCACCAGCUCGUCGACAUUCGACGAGUGGGUGGCGUGGUAUGCACAGAACCCGAGACAGGUUCACUGGGCCAUCAGGCACUUGAACAAUAAUCGCUCGGAGGCCCCACUACACCAGGACCUGGAGGCGAUGUGGCUUGCACGUCGCAUGGCCCCCAUCAUUCCACUAGGUGUACCAGCGAUGGCCCGCAAUGUGUUCAUUGAGCACACUGCGGAGCUGUUCUCCAUCUCCGAGCUGUAUGCAUGGAUUGUACAGGUCAGACAUUACCCCGUGGCAAACAACAACGAGCCGGCCCCGUUUCCCCGCUCAUUCGCCCAAAACUCGUCCAUAUAUGAUGUUGCACGAUGGUAUGCUGCCCGCGGGUUCCAUCCCAUGCAGAUUGGAUUCCUCGAGGAGUUCCACCGUCGACACCGCAACUACAUCCUCGGACGGGUUCUCGAAGACGUGACCCCAUUCGAGGGACACUUCUCAGCGGACCUUCGUGAUGGAUGCGCUCAGCCGAUACCCCCGACCCACGAGUUGUUAUCACUUGUCGACAAGGACGUGGCGAUGCAGCCGCCAGACCCCGAAUCACCCACACCCGGCGCUGGCAACGCCCCUGCUGACAGCAGUCAGCUGGGCCCCAACCCCGGAGUGACCCCCAAGGCUGGUGAUCCUGACCAUGACAUGGGUGGCCACUAG